AUGGACGCCGGUCUUGUCACCCGUCUCCGCGAUCCCUCAAUCGAUCUUGCCAAACGAUACCGCCAAUUCAUGGCCAAACGGCCAGACCUCACUUCCACUUCCACCGCUACUCGAUUCAACGGCCACGUCACGCAACUGAAGGUAUGGAUCGGCCGACUCGAGGCCAUCAAAGCCCCGUGGCCAGACAUCCUCUUCGCAUUCACGCAGGUCCAGCGGCACUACCUCGAACUAGAGGCCUUUCUCGAGUAUAUGGAGGUUCGUCAGCCUCUGAUGAACUCUGAAGAAUAUGGCAAGAUCCUCCUCCCUGCCGCCCUACUCAUCGGCGCCGUCACCAACACGGUCGUGGUCGUUGAAGAAUUUGCCAAAGCUGGCGUUCCCGUCUGGCUCAUACGCCCGAUAGAGCAAUUCACGGAUGACACUCGCAUUGAUGCCGUGACGAAUCCCUAUCCACCUGAAGCUCUCGAUAUCGAGCUGGCACCGUGGCGUGGUCACAAAACGCUCGUCUGGAACAGGGCCGCGGACCAUCCGCAACGCCAUGACAAUCUCAUGCUCUUCGCUCGGGAGUUCCUCUCCUACACCGACUUUGGGCGAACUUCUACUAUAAGGGAUACCAUCGAGAGACCCCCUGCCGUCCCUAGCUUGGGGAACGAUUACUCUGCCACUGCUGGUCCCUCUCGUGCCGUGGAGGCAGCCAAACCUCCACCUGGGCGAAAGCAAAAGCCACAUUAUCCCCCCCAUCCGCCCAAACCUCGUAUCAAUCUCCACCCGCACGACAUCAACCACUUCAAGCCCAAUCCGAACGCAAUGGCACCCAUCAUGAUGGAGGCCUGGGUUCAUGGGCUCUCUACCGUCACCGUGACGAAGGAAAAGGUCUCCAUGAAUUUCGCUGAAGGAGACAACGGCUACAUCUUCCCUCCCAUAUCUGUCUUUAUCCCCUUCCAAGUCGACGGCAACCUGAAACCUCGUCACUUGAAGCUUCUUCACGCUUACCUCACGCACUCCGACAUCCUCAUCUUGCGUCUGUCUCCUCGCAAUAACCCAACGUCCCUCCUACGAGGCAACUGGGACUUGCUCUUGGGACCUGAGCGGUCCAACCCAACUUCGAUUCCACCCAGCACGACUUCUACGGCGACAGCUGACGACGAACCCAAAGCAAAGAAAACCAAGGUCGAGAAGCUCGUCAAACGUCGUCAAAAUUUGCAAACGAUUCUCGCGGAAUGGACGAAUGAAUAUGAUGUCGAGAGCAACGCGCGAAACGAAAGCCUCGCUUGGGCCAGCGAACAGCUUCCGAAGGACCGAUGGCCCCACGACCGCGUCGUCGAGCGUAUCCUCUACGAGAUCAACGAGAUCAACUUUCGCUGGGAAUUCCGUAUGCUCGAUCGCAAGAUGGUCAACCCCAACAUCUCCUACGUCGCUCAUGAGGAUCUCAUCACCCGAUGCUUCCCUUCGUCUAGUUUCAAGGGGGAAGGAGGUGCUGACCACACAAGUGUGAAAUACACGACGGCUUGGAGUGGGUUAUCGAGUCCCGACGACAAGGAACGACGCCAAUACGUACUUGCUCUCUGCCGCGUUAUCGCCCAUUGGCAUAGAUGCCCCGACGCAAUCAACAAAGCUCUGAAGUGCGCAGAAUCGGACGUUGACUUUCUGGCCGUCGAGAAGCUAUGCGCGUCCUUCUACUGCAAAAGUUUCUUUUAUUACUUUGCGCGCGCUCCCUCCGUCCCUCAUCGUACUGCCAUUGAUCCUGAGAUAUACCUUAUGCCCUGA